AUGGCCUCAGCCUCAGCCCCCACAAGCACAACCGACCACCUCUCCGAAUACAUCACCCUCAUAUCCAGCGACAAUUUCACCUUCAUCAUCCGCCGCUCCGCCGCAAACAUCAGCGGCGCUAUCAAACGCAUGCUCGAUCCCGCCAACGGCUUUCGUGAAUCUAAAGAAGGAAUUUGCAGAUUUGAUAAUAUCAAUUCUCUCGUCCUGGAAAAAGUUUGCGAGUAUUUAUAUUACAAUGAAAAACAUCAACAGAGUGGUGGUGGUGGGAAAGAUGGGGGUGUGCCGGAUAUGGAAAUUCCUCCGGAAUUGUGUUUGGAGUUGUUGAUGGCUGCGGAUUAUUUGAAUGUGUGAGAAUAUGGGCUGGAAGAAAGGAAGGAAUGAAUGGAUGGAUGUGUGCAAGGCAUGUUUGUUUUAGCGGGGGAGUUGAUAUGGAGUUGUGCAAGAACAUGAAAACUGCUUGCGGAUCAGCUGGAGUCGUGUAAUGUGAGAUGAGCAAAUCGCAAACCGCAAUGAAUGGGCGGGCUGGCGUCCCAAGUUGAGACUAUCCUGGAGCGCAGUCAACAGUCUAUUAGCACUUAUUCGCCAAAGUCACCAUUCAAUCGGAAAUCUUCGUGAACAAG